GCGGGUAUCAAACUGCUGAACGCCGUGCUGGUAGUUACGGAAUCGGGCCCGUUUUAACGCGAAGUCUCGCUUUUUCGUUGGCUGUUUCAAAUUCGCGAACACCCCAGUGACAUCUUGUUGCUUUUGCCUCACGUGGAAGCGCUUCACUGAGCCUCCCGGACGUCGCGGUAAGACGCUUCGCGAUGGCUGACGACAGCGUGUGCGUGAUAGAUUCGCCGUCAUCAUCGUCAGAGGCCGACGACAACAGUGAUGAGGACUACAACCCCACGGCGGCUCGGGGCCGCAAGGCGGGAACGAAAGGUCGUGCGCCGGUGGUCAAGAAGGCGGUCGGCAAGAAAGCUGCGACAUCACGAAAGAAGCCACCGGUGCUGAUCGACCUGGUGUCACCACCGCCUGCCCUGGGUUCGGCUUCUGGUGCGAAGGCGGCAACACCAGCUGGCCGGAAGCGAAAACUCGGUGCAUCCACACCCAAGCCACAAGCUUCCAAUGGCGGUGACCAGCCUAUUAAGGAAGAAGCCGGUGAUGAAACCAAGCCGGUAAAACGGGCUCGAACAGGCUUGCCAGAAUACAUACCCUUGGAUGGCCCAAUGAGGCCUGCGCCCCCUGUACCGCCGAAGAAGCCCAUGGCAAAGCCUCGUCCUCGCAAGGCUGCGGCAACCUUACCCAAGAAGCCAAAGUUGCAGAAGGCAGCAUUGUCAACGCUCUCGGCACCCAAGGACCCGGCCGCUGGCUCAACGGCAGAUGCUGCAAUCGACGUGGAAGCGGAGUGGGAAGCCCGCUAUGGCUGGCGUGUGGAGGAGGCGGUGGCGUCAACAGUGGGCGUGCAGGUGGACGUCGUGCGCAACGUGGUGAACAUGCUGACCAACGACUGCACCAUCCCGUUCAUCGCGCGCUACCGUCGCGAGCAGACGGGUGGCCUUCAGGCGGAUGGGCUGCAAGACAUCCAGGAAACCUAUGCCAGCCUUCUGCAGGUGAAAAAGAAAGCGCGCACCAUACUGGAGACACUGACCAAGGAGAACAAGGGGGACCCUAGUGUACGCAAGCUCAUCAUCGGGGCACGAAGCAGCGUCGAGCUGGAUCAUCUGUUUGCCCCAUAUAAGGAAUCCAAGGGACGCUCCCUGGCUCAAAGGGCCAAGAAUCUCGGCCUCGAAGAGACGGCCCAGCAGAUUCUCCGGGGAGAGGCCACAGUCGAGUCCAUCAACCCCGAGAGCCUUGUGAAACCUGACGUGAAAGGGUUACAGUCGGCAAAAGAGGUCAUGCUGGGUUGGCAACACAUUCUGGCUGACGUCCUCUCCAAGGACAGGACGGUCCUUGACUACCUGGCCAACAUGGCCAAGUCUCCCGGCAUCCUCUUGACGGCCAGCAAGAGCGCCUCGGCAGCCAAGCUGGAACGGCAAGCCUUCGCCGAUGGCACGCCAGGAAUCUGUGACAAGAAGUAUGACAACUACGCCAACUUCUCCAGGGACGUGCGGUCGGUGCAGCCUCACCAGGUGCUGGCCAUCAACCGCGGGGAGUCCCAGAAAGUGCUGACGGUGAAACUGGUGCUGCCGCCGCAGCUGGCACCGGGGCUCAAGCACUUCUGUGAGUCACGCCUCCGCAGCAUGGGCGUGAAAAUGCAGGGCCAGACGUUGCAGCUGGUCCACGACUCGGUCGAGGAUGCCUACACGCGGUUGCUGGAGCCCCACCUCUUCCGCAGCAUAAGGUCACAGCUCACCAAGGAGGCCGAGAAGGAGUCCGUGAGUGUGUUUCGCUGCAACCUCCGCCAGUUGCUGCUCAGCCCUCCGGUCAGGGGUCACGCUGUGCUGGGUAUCGACCCUGGGUUCAAGCACGGCUGCAAGCUGGCCGCAGUCUCAGCCAAUGGAAGUCUUCUUCAGCAUGCUGUCAUCUACCCUCACAGUGGCAUUAAGGGCCCAGCUGCGAAUGUCUUGAGACAGAUGGUCUUGAAACACAACUGCGACCUGGUGGCCUUGGGCAAUGGCACAGCCUGCCGGGAGACGGAGGCCUUCCUCUCGGAGCUCAUCUCCAAGGGCUGCUUUGAGCCAAUCAAGCUCAAGUACUGCACAGUCGAAGAGAGCGGGGUGUCCGUGUACUCAGUGACCAAGGAUGCAGAAGCAGAGCUUCCAGGCCUUGAUCCAAACAUUCGCAGCGCUGUGGGCAUUGCACGGAGGUUGCAGGACCCCCUGCUGGAGUAUGUCAAGGUGGAACCAAAGCACCUCGGAGUUGGUAUGUACCAGCAUGAUGUGACCGAAUCGCUGCUGAAGAGUGCCCUGGAGGGAGUCGUCGUGGAGUGCGUCAGCUUUGUCGGGGUCGACAUCAAUGUCUGCCCCGAGUUGACGCUCAGGAAGGUGUCGGGGCUGAAUGCUGGCACGGCCCGUAACAUUGUGGAGUGGCGGACGACCAAUGGUCCUUUCCGGAAUCGGCAGCAGCUGCUCAAGGUCAAACGGCUGGGCAACAAGGCCUUCGAGCAGUGCGCAGGAUUCGUCAAAGUCUUCCCCGAGACGGCGUCGGCAGCGAAAGCGGCUGGCGGAGGCACCGCUCAAGAGACAACAGCACAGUCUUCCAAGCCCACGAAAGGCAGCAGCGGCAGCGGCUCUUUCAAUCCACUCGACAUGACUGUCAUUCAUCCGGAAUCAUACACGCUUGCUGAACACUUCAUCUCCCAUUUGGGGCUCAACAAGGAGGCCAUCGGGAAGCCACACUUCAUCGAGAAAGUCCGGCAAGAGACAGCCAAGCACGGCGUCAACCACUUUGUGAACCUCUUGGGUGGCAGCAUAGCCACAAUGCAGCUUAUUGUGGAUGCAUUACAGCACAGCGUUGAGUACGACAUCCGCUCAGAGCAACACCAGCCGCUGUUCAAGAGCGGGGUCCUCUCCCUCGACGAGGUGCACACAGGCAUCGAGCUCACGGGCAAGGUCAAGAACUGCACCAACUUUGGCGCCUUCGUCGACAUUGGUGUCGGCACCGACGGACUCAUCCACAUCAGCCAGAUGAACGGCCACACGGUCGCUCUGGGCGACCGCGUCACUGUGCGUGUCAUCAACAUCGAGAGAGACCGCCGGCGCAUCGGGCUGCGCCUACUGUCCAAGGGAUGAGUGGCCGCCGUGUCGCCGCGUGUGUGGACGCCAAUGGUUUUCCCGUGUUUGUGUGUUUUGUGGCCAGCCACAGUGAAGUUGCUGCAAGCAGUCUUGGUGUGUACAAAGUCAGAAGAGCCCUCAAUGGUAUAUUGUGUCUUUAAGACAGGGCACUGAGUGUUGUGUGCUCGUAUGUUUAGAGUUCCUGUGUUUGCGUGCUUUCUUUUUUAACAUGUGCUAUCUGCAGCUCGGGAUUGCUGCAGUUGGAGGCUUUUCAAAGCACAUGGGGCUUCCAGAGAGAUUGCGGAUGGCAUCUUAUGUUUUUUGCCGAGACAGUGUGCAGCUCUUCUCUGCUGUGGGGCAGUGCGUGCGAUGAGCAGAUCCACGCUCCACCGUAUGCAUUCUCAACAUUUAUAGUGUUUUGCUGCCACAUUCCAGUGCACCUGUUUUUCACCGAGAAAAGAAUGACCUGACAUGGUUAGGUACGGUUAGCAGUAGACAUAGUUAGACGUGCUAUGGCAGUUUGAAUGCACUUGCAGUCAUGUGACCACACAGGAAGUCAGUGUUAUGAAAAUGCUGCAGACAUGAAGAUUGGGUAAGUUUUUAAAAACUUAGCCCAGCAAACUUUGUAGGCAGUUGCUACAAGCCUGCAUGCUGGUUUAUCAAAUGAUUUAUUGAGAUGAAUAUUCAUGAGUAGCUAGCCAUACAAGCAUUUUAGAGUGUGCACUGUUAAAAAAAAGCUUUCACCUAGCUUUCGUUGUGAACAGGACAUUGCUCAUUUUCCUCUUUGCUUUAAUUUUUAUCACUGUUCAACCUUGGCAUCUUAAGGAAAAAGCGAGCAGUUGCAGCAUCUUCAGCAGUCUGGAAGGCGCGUAUUCAUUUCUUCAUGUUUACAGAUGCUGCGCUGCUGCACAUGUUCAUGCAAAGCAUUGCAACUUAAUCUCGUGAAUGUGUUCCAGCAGCUCAGGAAUGUAAGAUAAUUGAGUUGCACAUCAGUGGCUACAUAGUUUUCAGCUUUCACUCAUUAUUAUUCAGUAGCCAGUUCUCUUGGAGCAGGAGUGCAGUUUUUCAAAACCUUGCCCCUACUUGUGGAUGUCAUGCGACUAUUUUGACGUAUGUUUGGUAGAGCAGGGCAUGUUCAUCGUGUUUUUGAUUGAGCGACCUGAUUCUAUUGGUUGAAUUUUAGUGAUGAGCACUCACAGAAUUUUUAAAACCACUCCAAUAGAAUAUUCUGUUUUGGACCAGUUGUAUUUUGUGUGUGUCCACCCCGUCACAACCAGCGUAGGUGGAGCUGAACACACGCACGUAGUUUAACUUUAAUAAGAUAAAUAAUACGUCUUGCAGAACACUUUGUUAAAUCGAAAAUUUAAUUGAAGUCGUGUUUCAGAAAGAAAAAGAGAAAAAGGAGAAAGCUGUGCAAGUUUCUGAACAUUUCUUGUGGAUAAAACCUUGUCACCAAAUUUUUGCGAACCCAGAGCUGCAAAGCAGACUGCACCUAGUUCUUGAAACCACUGCCAGAUGGCACCAUGAUUGUAAUCGUUAGCAUCCAAUGCGGGAUUUUAACACCUUGCAUGUUGCAGUGCCCUAUAGAAACCUAGUUAGUACUCACAGCUUAGUACACUUCAGGAGUUAUCAUGAGGCCUUGAUGUCAUACAGUAUAGACUACUUUUUAUGGAUAUGCAGCGCCUGUGCUGUGCCCUUUUGUCCCCCUCUUUUGCACUGUGCAGUCAUGUCAAUAUUGGAUCACCAACUCACCCAAGCUUCGACUUUAUCACGUUUUAUGGGAGCACACGCUUAGUACUUGGCUUCCAAAUACAGCUGGAUUAUCAUAUGAAUGCCUGCAAACUGGUUUUUUAAUGCAUAAAUGACAGCCUACUGCGUCCUAUCAGCCAUUUUUACCCCUCUCGACAAAGUAGAAGCGUUUAAGUUUUACUGGUUUAAUUGCCUGCUAGAUUUCCAUAGGGCAUUGCUACAAGCAAGGUGUGGAAGUCCCUUUUGUAGGGGACUGUACCCUACACUGCAGGAGCUGAUGGCAGCAAUAAAGCUAGGACUCUUUCAUGACACCACGUGGCACCACUACUGUUAACAAAAAAACAGAUAAGGGUCUUUCUUAACACUACCAAUGCAGCAGCAAAAAAGUAAUAACAGGCUUCCUUUCUCUGCUCCUGGCCGUAAAACAAAAGAAACACUUGAAACUUCAAAAUAGUGUAAAGCAGGACAUGAAUGAGAAGGCCGAGACAGGCUCUAAGUUCUGACACAUGUUGCUUCGGGAAAUCUACACUAAAAGAAAAUUCAGAAACAUUGCACAUAAGCAGUGAACUUGCGCACACACACAAAACAGCAACCGUCACAAGUUUUGAUUUCAUGUCAUCUGCCUAAACGCUUCUACUCAGUGUGCAGAUAUGGCUGUUCUGGUCAUGAUGAGUGUACUUUUACUUUUGGUCAUGACGAGUUCUCACUUUUGUCGUUGCAUCUUUUUGCAUCCAGCAAACACUUUCAGGCAGGGAAUAGUAAAUGGCUGUAGGACUUAUGCAGACCAAAAAUAGAUACAAACUUAACCUCUCGGGGCUUUUUAAUUCAAGACGUUAACUUGAUUUGGGCGAGUUAGCUCAUCUUGAAGGGCUAUUGAAGCAGCGUGAUGGGACGACGACAAAAAUAUAUGCAACAGGACUAGCGCUGAUAGUAAACGUAUAGUACUAACCAUAUAGCACUGAUAGCACGGUAGUACACGUUACGAUUGUGCUAUUUGCAUCAGCUUUGUUCACGGUGAACAAAUGCAGACAUCAUGAGCACCUGUCAUUUGCAGAUGCUCAUGAUGAUUCAUUUUAUUCCUGAUAAAGCUGUAACUACAGUCAGAUUCCCUGACGCACAUUCAUAGAUACUAUAAUGCGUGGAAAACGUCAAAGCUAACUCAAUAUUUAACCAAGUUUCAAAGGAAAAUACUAUUAUGCCGAGUUUCAGUGUAAACGACGAAUGCCAAUGUCCAAUUAACAAGGUUCCCCACUCCUAUGAACACAAGACUCGCUCACUGUCUUCAAUAAGUGCACACAGAGACAAAAAUUACAUAUUUGUGCUGUUGGAUAAGUGUAAUGUUAUUCGCAGGAGUGUAUCAAGUGUUCUAGAUUUAACAAAAUAAAUCUUGUGUCCUUUUGACUUCGUUAAAUCGAGGUUGAACUGUACUUGCUUAUGCUAAUUUCUUUUCACCUAUGUUUAAUAUUUUGGUAGCGGAAGUGGGGCACUAAGUGAUCUGUACAUCAGGCUGAGAUUUAUUCAAGCACUGCACUGCGAUGAUCAACCAGUCUGCAAAUCUAGGAAUCAAGGAAUCAAAUGCAAAGGAAGUGUAGCUAAUGUCGCAUCAUCUAGUCUAGAAGCAUUGUGCCAGUGUUGGAGAGAGUAAGCCGCAUUUUAUCUAUUUGGUUUGUGUGCACCAUGCAAUGUGCAGCAGUACAAUGUUCAGCAGCUCUUACUAGGGCCACAUACUCUGUUUCGUUCUUGUUCAUGAAAAAAAAAGAAUAUUAAAACCUUUUUAGGGCCCCUUGAAAAUUAUAGACCACACUUAAACUGUUGCACUUUUCAGACUGUUGGCAGGUGCUGUGGCUUUUCACAUUAUCCUUAAAGAUGACAUGGUUGAACAAGUAGCGAAACUUUUAAAUAUAAAGAGAAAUCAUUCACGUAAUGUUCACACUUUAUGUAUGAAAAAGAGAACAGUAUGAAAAUUAAGGGAAAAUUAAGAUGCACAGUGCUAACUUUUUUUUAGUACUGUCAGCCACAGAAAUUUAUGGGACAUGAGUUUAAUGAGAAAUAUGAAUUUCUGCUCUGUUAAGGCAUAACGCUUCUAAUUUACGGAAUCACUGCUAGGUCACAAAGGUUUAUUCUCUCUGAAAUCCUGAAUUCAAGGUUAUGGGACCAGGCAUCACAGGCAUUCGGCAUUUUUGCAAAUACCCUUGUGCCAUAAACUUUUGAGGCUGUCUGUACUAUUUUUUAUAUGUUUAUAUUAUAAGCAGUGACCCUUAGGAAAUACUAUCUCAUGUGUGUUUUAACUGAAGAGCAUUUCCAAGCACCCUAGUUUAUUUGUUUUCAAUAGAUUUGCCAAGCUAUUACAUUGCAAGCUUCUUACAAAGCUUCCUCGCCUCAGAUUUUAAUUUGGGAAGCAGCUCAAAUUUUUGAAGCAAGGGAGCCUCUUAAGAACGUUUUGUUGGAGCAAUUUUCUAGGCCAGUUGACUCUGGUAAAUUAGGUUGUUGAAAAGCAUUCAUCAGCAUGAUAGCGCAAGUUUCAUCUGAGGGAUGUGGUAAAACAUGCUGUGAGAGAAUGUACGUCUUUCAAGAUAUGCUGAAUUCACUGCUUUUUCUCUCUUCAUCAAUGUCUCUUGUUCGAGGCGUAAUUUUCACCCUAGAUAAUUUAUACUUCAUACUGAAGCUUUAUAUUAUAGACGCAAGUAGUGGGCAGAAAAUGCAUCACUCUUAGCCAAAUAGAUGGAUGACCUUUCUUUGACAUCCAAGAUUAUUCGACAUCCGAAAUAGAUCACUCACCGUGGCCAUGGCCUCAAAAAACACAGCAGCACAAAGCCACCCAGAGCACUGCUGUUGUUUUCCUAGCGAAGCGAACUGGGUCACUACAGAGGCAGCGCUGAAUGCUCCGGUUCAUUUGCGUCUCCAAUGUGCAUGAACUUUUAGACCCUCUUCUCUUAUCCCUAUAUUGGUCUAUCUUUCUGCCUGCCAUAUUUUAGGGCAGCCCAUCAGGCUCUACGCUUAACCUUAUGAACUCUCUAUCUACUCACCUACACCUUAUCUUACCUUAUUAUCUACUCCUUAUCAACUUCUUAUCCACUUCGUCUCUCACUCUAUUGCUGAAGUGCCACCUCUGUUGUCCCCACAGAGUAAUAUGCAAAGAUGCAUUUUUUUUUUUUGCUUGGAAAACCAGCAAGCAAGCAGGAUAGCAGUCACUGCCUACAGGGUUUCUGUGUUAGCUGUUACGCAAAUAUUAUAAUAGGAUGAUUAGGUAUUAGGCAACUGGUGCUAGUCUAUUUCAUUCCUGUUACAUUUACUGACAUCGUCUUUUUAUUGGUGUCUAUAAGCAAGGUUUAGAGGUCUGAAUUUUAUUUUUGUUUCUAAGAGUUAAGCUCACUUUUGUUGGUUUUUAUUGUAAGACUUAAUUUUGGUGCUUCCUUUUUUUUCUGUGGAUAUUGUACAGGCAACAGGUUGCCUAUGUCUUUCAGUGACUAAUUACAUAACUGUAAUUGAUUUCCUAGUAAUAUCUGGGCAGUGCUGUGUCUCACUUCUGCCAGUUGCUUGUUUUUACUAUUAAAGAACUAUAGUCUAUAAACAUGCUCUAAAAGUAUUGUUGGGGCUGUGCUGUGGUCAAGUUAAGUGAGGCCGCGGUAUUUACUACACACAAAAGCAAUUUUGAUGCUCCAGUCUCAUGGCUGCUAAUUCAGCAGUAAAGCCAUGAUACUGUACUUAUGUGAUGUAACAUCAAGUUUGUGUAAUCACGUGACUACACAGCUGUAUUUUUGCUUUUCUCACCUCCUAUGUUUUAUUUGAGUACCUGCCUUUUUAGUUAAAGCUGAACAUUAGAAAAUAAAAUUAGCACACCUUUUUCAGUUUGUCAAUUUUGGCAAGAAAAAAAAAGGUGGUCUGUAAUUAUAAUGUCCAAGGAUGCAAUAAAGCCAUUUCUGGGUUCUCAUAUCCUCAGCUCAUUUGGUACCUACCAGUAAUAGCAGUAUGCAGUGACACCAGUCCAACUAGAUUUAAAAUAUUACUGCCUAACUGUGCAUCUAUAUGGUAGUCUGAUUAUGGUUUAUAAGUGGUCACCUGACUGUCGACCUAGUCAGACUUUUUUGAGUCAUUCCUGGAAGGCUGGUGCGUUGCUUCACUGCUAAAGCAUUAUAGCCAAGCGGAAGAGUCAAAGAGAAACAUAAAACACAUCCACUCGCCAAGAUAAUCCUGCUUUUCACAGUUUUAUUUUGGUGCAGUUGAUCCUAAACUUGCUAAAGUGCCAAGUUGGUUGGGCCGAUACGUGUCUUUCACAAUAAAUACCAUUCGCCCCAAGACAGGGGUACUGGGUGACAACACGAGAUACAUUGCCAGUAGUUCUCAAAUACCAUGCGUACACCGUUCUCUUCAUUUCUUGUGAACCCUGAGGAGACAGCUUUCAGUCACUCAAUGAUGCUUGCGGUCUUGCAUGUGCUCAUCACCUUUGCUGGCCCUUACAUGUUUUAACUUUUAUUCCUUUAAGACUAGCAGAGGCACAGGCACUCGGCAGUGCAAAUCCUCAUGGUUUAGUCAAACGCCUGCACCGUGUUCUCUCAUUUUGCAUACCCAACGCAAGUGGCAUGGAAACGCUAGCAGGAGCAGUGAUGAUUAUUUAUUACACACAGGCUCUCUGAAACAUGUAGUGCAUUAGACCACAGCAAAUUGCACUAUACAAAGAAACUUGAGAGGUCUGGAGAGUUGACAUAGCCGGUACUAUUUAAUAAUCAAUAUGGGUGGACUAAGCAAACAAGGGUCGAAGACAAGAAAAGGUGCAGCUCGUAGUCCAGUUGUCAGUAGGUGUUUGGGUCCUCUCGUCCUUUUCUUUCCGUCCACAUUCUUUUUUAAGCACUGUUUUCAUUAUAACACCACAAACUGCCAAAGUCUGUCAGGGGUACUGUCGACAGAGGAAGCUUGCGAACUGUGAGACAGCACGUUGAAUUUCUGAGCUGUUUCUGAACGUAGCCUGUAAAAUUGUGCUAAACCAUGUUUUUCACUUUUUCUAGUGCUGGCUGGAAAUGAGGCUGCAGAAGUAUUCAGCUUUUUCUCAGGUUCUACUGUGCACAAACAUUUGAUGCCGACUGUACCUCAUGUACUGCUAGUGCACUGCUGUCGUUGUUACACCCUUGCUGUGUGAGGCUUUCAUGUUUGUUCUUUACGGUGAAUUUGUUUCAAGAUUUCUGCUGGCAGUCUCAUUCCCUUGCAACUGCUACUUAUUCAAAACAAAGGGUGCAUCUGUGUCACCCUUCUUUUUUUUUUCAGCCCACGGCGGUUUUUAAGAUCCUGUAUUGAAAUUGAGUGAGAACAUAAGGUUACGGGAAGGAAGAAGCGUACUAGUAUUUACAGAUGGGUUUUAACGGCUGCAUAGAGAAUCAAAAACCAGAAUCUUCUUCGUUGUCUCCCAAGGCAACAACCAUGUCUUCUUCUUUCCACAUUACAUACUGUGACAAUAUCACAGACUCAAAAUAACACGAGAGAAAACAGCCUCUCGCUUUUUCAAAGAAGGCACAAGUUGUCUGUAAAGUGGUACACCUCAAGCUCUCUUCACUCAGUUCUUGGCAAUUAUUGCACUACAUGCCAUCUUAGGGGAGCACAAUACUGCCUCGUCGGCAUCGUAGAGUGACAGUGCGUUUAGUUUUCCAGGUAUAAAUCAUUUAUUAAGCAGCAACAGCCGUUGCAGGGCUGGCCGAAUGUGAGCACAUUUAAAGUGGCGCCUUCAGAUCUGCGUUUUGUCACUUGAAAAGUCGUUUGCAAGACGGUUAUUCGACAAUAUCGAAUUCAAGUGUCUGCAGUUCUCCAACCUUGAGUCGAAUCUCUUGAAAUUGGUCGCCAUAAGAGCCAUGCCUGUCGCCCUAAGGGACAAGAAGAGGGAAGGGUACACAUUAAUUGGGCUGCUGUACUGUGUGCAUUGCCUUCCAUGUUUGCCAUUGUUGUCUGCCACUACAUUUCUGUUGCUUUCAAUUAUAGACUUUGCCAAGAAGCAUACUUAGAUGAAUGCCUGAAAUGCAAGAGGCACAAACGGUGAAGUUGAUUUUGCUCUGCCAGGGCCAGUAGUAUGGCCAUUCGAUGUCACCUGCAUCAUGGAAAAUUUAGUUGCGAGUUUGUCACGAGUCAACAACAGUGAAAGUAUGCAAACAUCUUUGCAGGUUGUACACUGCUACUUCUCGGAGGACCGCCAGGCAACUAAUUAUUGACAUUUUGAUUUGUGAGCAGUUGGGUUGUCGUCUCUGCGCCUGCCCUUGUUCAAUGACGACGCUGGCUGCAUUGUAUAACUUAUGAAGUAUCUCGCCAGCUGCAAACAGUGUAGUGAAAGCAAUGUCUCAUACGAGUCACUCAAGAACAGAAUUGGUUGUUUCCUUCUAAGGAGAAAAGAAAAAAAGCUUUCCCAUUAGGCACUGCUGAUCGUUCUGUGAUCGUUUUAUACAACCAUCUUGCAUGCCCAUAAAUUAGGACUCUUUAGCCUACGAGCUAUGAUCUAAUUGCAUAGGAACUGAGAAAUGAUUCUAUUUGUCAUCCACUGAGCCAAUUUUAAUGAGGUCCAUUGUAUUUUACUACCUAUUAGAUAAAAAAAAAAGUUAUGCUGACAGUUAGGAGCUGUUUCUUUAUUUAGGCCAGCAAUAACUUAGAACAAUUGCUGAAUGUUGAAAAAAAUAAACAAUGCACACCAAGUUUACCAUAAGGGAGUGCAAAUACUAAAGCUUGCAAAUAAUCGAAUGGUCCUUCCUAUUCAUUUUGUGAUUUUAAUAUUCGAAAUUGUCAAAUAUUUGUUUCUGUUCAAAUAUGGGUCAUAAGUUGGCAUCUUAAUGGCAUCUAGAGGGAGAAUUACCAAUGCAAUAUUGGGUUGUGCCGAAAUAUUCGGCAGCAGGAGAGGUGUGGAUGUUGCGCAAAGGGCAUCAGUUCUUGAGCUCACUUGUAGGGCAGACAACUUCUGCUCAAUAAUUUCCAGUCAUUCAAUAAGAAUGCCUUGCCUUUAGUCAGCCUAAAAAUUGUGGUUGUCUAGAUUGAGGGAAAUGACUUUUAUUGUUUGGCCACAGUCUCGCCAUGUUGGCAUCCCUUUAAAACAGUGUGCAGGGCUGUGACAUUGUGCUUCUACCCUUCAUAACGUGCUGCUAUGGUCCAUGAUGAAUAGCUGUGAUGAAGUUUCUUUAGUAGAAAGCAAAGGGGCGACGUACGAGCUCAAUAUUAUACAGGUUGAGAGAGUGCAUUAAUUUAUUUCCUUAUUUAGCUCCAGAAUAAGGAUGGGGUAAACCUUUCAGGUGUCAGCAAGUGGACCACUGUUGAAUACGUGUACACAAGACGGGACUUUGAGACCAACUCCUUGCAAACUCUUAAGGAGUGACUAGAUUCGCCACUUUUGUUUAUAUUGCUGCAAAUUCAGUGCAAAUGUGGUAAGCUAAACUGUCUUAACAGAUUUUCGUGGUCCUUCUGUGGUAAUCCUACUCUGUUAACUUCAAGGAGCAAGAGGUAAUGAACAAAAAGGAAAAGCAGUAGAGCUUUCCAGCAAAAAGUCUCCGCAACAUAGCUCUACAGCUUUCUAGUGUAUGUGUAAAGUCUUUAUGUAUAAUACAGUGCUAUAUAUUCCUUGUACAAUCGCUCUACCAAAGUCGCACAUUGCCUGUUGUAUCCAUAAAAGAAAUAAAGAGGGCUGCUGGUAUGUGCAGCUGUUCUGCA